CGAGGCAGGGCCAGGGAGCCAGCGCGCCACUCGGCUUCGCCUUCCCCUCCGAGGACCUGGGCUGCGCUGCCUGCCCCUCGCCUGCGGCCAGACGCCCGGCGCCCCUCGGCUAGCCUCCCGCGCCAGGUCACCUCCUCUUUCUCCGCAUUUCCCUCCUCCUCCUCCCCCGCCUCUUCCGUUUCUAGAGGGAAAGGCUGCAGCCUCCUUCUGGGCUCCGCAUCCCCGGCUUUGGUAACACGAUUUCCUCCCUGCGCCCCUUCGCCCCAGCGCCACAACUCUCCCCUUCUCGGAUCUGCUUCCCGGUCCCGGCGAACAGCACGUUCCCGAUCGCCUCUCCGAACGGCAGCUGACAGCAGAGGGAAGGUGCUGAUUCCACCCACAGCUGCAACUGAAACGAAAGGUUCAGAAAUGUCAGCUAUCCUCCGGGAGCUGCUCCAUGUCUCUGAGAAAGCUGCCAACAUUGCCCGGGCAUGCAGGCAGCAGGAAGCUCUCUUCCAGCUGCUGAUAGAAGAAAAGAAAGAAGGAGAAAAGAACAAGAAGUUCACAGUUGAUUUCAAGACCCUGGCUGAUGUACUGGUACAGGAAGUGAUAAAACAGAAUAUGCAGAACAAGUUUCCAGGCUUGGAAAAAAAAAUUUUUGGAGAAGAAUCCAAUGAGUUUACUAAUGAUUUGGGAGAAAAGAUUAUCUUGAGAUUGUGUCCAACAGAGGAAGAAACAGUAGAGCUCCUUAGCAAAGUCCUAAAUGGUAACAAGUUGGCAUCUGAAACAUUAGCCAAGGUCGUUCAUCAGGAUGUUGCCCUUACUGACCCAACUCUGGAUUCAAUAGAGAUCACCAUUCCACAGGACGUUUUGGGAAUUUGGGUGGAUCCCAUAGACUCAACUUAUCAGUAUAUAAAAGGUUCUGCUGACACUGAAUCCAACCAAGGAGUCUUCCCCAGUGGACUUCAGUGCGUCACCAUUUUAAUUGGUGUCUACAACAUACAGACAGGGGUGCCCCUGAUGGGAGUCAUCAACCAACCUUUCGCCACACGAGACCUAAACACCCUCAGGUGGAAAGGACAGUGCUACUGGGGCCUUUCUUACAUGGGAACGAAUAUCUAUUCACAUCAGCCUCCCAUCUCUCAGACAAAUGGCAGUGAACCUCGGAGCCCACUGACUGAAAACACCAGCCCCGAGGCUGAAUUCUCUCACCACUUUUCAGCGGUCAUUAGCACGAGUGAAAAGGAGACUAUCAAAGCUGCAUUGUCCCGUGUAUGUGCAGAUCGCAUAUUCCGGGCAGCUGGGGCUGGUUACAAGAGCCUGUGUGUUGUCCAAGGCCUUGUGGACUUCUAUAUCUUCUCAGAAGAUACCACAUUCAAAUGGGACUCUUGCGCUGCUCAUGCCAUACUCAGGGCCAUGGGUGGGGGGAUGGCAGACUUCAAAGAAUGCUUGGCUAGAAAGCCAGCAACGGGGCUUGACUUGCCACAGUUGGUGUACCACAUGGAAAACGAAGGUACUAGUGGAGUGGAUCGCUGGGCCAACAGGGGAGGACUGAUUGCAUACAGAUCACGCAAGCAGCUGGAGACAUUCCUGGGCCUCUUCAUCCAAAACCUUGCACCUGCGGGUAUACACACAUAGACGAACCUUUUCCUCAGUGUAAUUAUAAACCAGACUGUGAAACUGUCUCCUACAUCUCUAUCGUUUGAAGAUAGCUUUGUCCUAUUGAUGGUCAAUGGUCGCCUUCCUCUUUUGAGGAGUAUUUUUCCAUUAUGUGUUCAUAAUAAUGUUAAUUUCAAUAAAUAAAUGACAUUCAU